AUGAAUAUCAUGAUUGGCUUGCAAAACAACCUCGGAACGAAGGUUACACUGCUCAAAACCAAAUACUGUUGUUCCCUCCACACAGCUAGAUUUGGAGCAUUGAACGAUAGCAUCAAUGCUGCUAUUGCUGCUACUGAGCAAGAUAAUUUCAAUCACAAGACACAAUCAUCUUUAAUUUUCCAUCAACAGGCUUAUCAUCAUUCUCCGAAGAAUUUUCCUACAGAAAAAAAAUUCUCAAACUCUAAUCGUCGUUAUCAUCGAGGACAAGUUGCCUUUGGAUUGGAUAAUAGUAGUAGUGUAAAUACCAAAUAUAAUAUUGGAUUGAUAAGUAAUAGUAGUGGAGCAUUUGUUAGUAGAAAUUAUUCAAAAAUGAUGGGAGAGAAGAGAAAAGUUGUCGGAGCUAUUGAUCAGGGAACUACUUCGACGAGAUUUAUGUUGUUCGAUGCUAGUGAUAUGAAGGAAGUGGCCUCUUAUCAAAUUUUACAUGAAAAUCAUUUUCCUAAACCUGGAUGGGUUGAACAAGAUCCUAUUGAAAUUUAUACAAAUACACUUGAGUGCAUGACUAAUGCAUGUGAAAAAUUAGAAGGAGAGGAUUAUGAAAUUAUUGGUAUUGGUGUGACUAAUCAGAGAGAAACAACAGUGUUGUGGGAUUCAGAAACUGGAAAACCACUUUGUAAAUCAAUUGUUUGGAACGAUACAAGAACAAGAGAUUUGGUCGAUUCCAUUUGUAAAUCAAAAGCUGGAGGUGACUACUCCAAAUUUAGAGAAGUUUGUGGUCUUCCACUUUCCACAUAUUUCAGUGCAGUUAAACUGAGAUGGAUGAUUGACCAUUAUGAUGAGGUAAAAAAAGCAGUCGAUAAAGGAACUUGUAUGUUUGGAACUGUUGACAGUUGGUUGAUUUGGAAUUUAACAGGUGGCCUGAAGGGUGGUAUUCACAUUACAGAUGUUACCAAUGCCAGUAGAACCAUGUUAAUGAACUUGAAGACACUUAAAUGGGAUGAUGAUAUGCUCAAUCUCUUUGAAAUUCCAUCAGGUGUUAAACUUCCAACCAUCAAGAGUAGUGCUGAAGUUUAUUCAAGUAUUUCUAAGGAAGUUGUACAAAAUCACCCUCUUUUAAGUGGAGUAGCCAUUUCUGGAUGUAUAGGAGAUCAACAAAGUGCCACUAUUGGCCAAAAGUGUUUUAAAAUUGGAGAUACAAAGAAUACAUAUGGAACAGGAUGUUUCUUACUUAUGAAUUGCGGACAUGAAAUUGUUAAAUCCAAUCACGGAUUAUUAUCAACAGUUCAAUAUCAACUAGGACCAAAUGCUGCUCCAGUCUAUGCCUUGGAAGGUUCUGUUGCAGUUUGUGGAUCUGGUAUUUCAUGGUUGGAACAUAAUUUAAAACUCAUAGAAAAUCCAGCAGAAUCUGAAACACUUGCCAGAACAGUUGAAGAUACUGGAGGUGUAGUUUUUGUUCCUGCCUUCUCUGGAUUAUAUUGUCCAUAUUGGAGAUCUGAUGCACGUGGUACUAUUGUUGGUAUUACUCACUAUACAAACUCUGCCCACAUUGUUAGAGCCAUGUUAGAAGCUGUAUGUUUCCAAACACAAGAAGUACUUGAAUCCAUGGUGAAAGAUAGUGGACUUGCUGUUACAAACUUGAUGGUUGAUGGUGGUAUGACCAAGAAUCAAUUAUUAAUGCAACUUCAAUCUGAUAUCAGUAGAAAGAAAGUUAAAGUUCCAUCCUAUCCUGAAACAACAGUAUUAGGAGCUGCAAUUUGUGCUGCAUUUGGCGUUGGACAUUUCAAGGAAAUCAAGGAUAUUCCACCAUCUCCAAAAGAUAAGAUGUUAAUAUUCACUCCUCACAUCUCUGAGCAAGAAACUGAACUCAAAAUGAAGAGAUGGAAGAAGGCCAUUGAAAAGUCAUUAAAUUGGCAUGAAGAAUAAAGGAUAGAUGUUCUAUA